GGACUCACCGUGUCGAACUUAAUCAAAGAUAAACUUUAACUGCCCCACACCGAAAAGCCGGAUAAACACGCCGACCUGAGAGCUGAAAAAUGUCUUUCUGUAACUUCUUCGGUGGCGAGAAAUACAAGGACCACUUUAAACCAGGUAAUUUUACGAUCUUAAUUUAGUUUACUUCCUGAAAAUUUCUGAAAUUUCACUGGUUACAGACUGUUGAGCAAAAGUAGAGUUUACGUAAACUAACCAGCUAGCCACUUUAAGCUAACGAUUCAUUGUGUUACAGUCACCUAAAACUACGUAUGUCAGACAAGAUUAUUCCGUUUUUACAAAGAGAAUAUGUAAAAACUGCUGAUAGACGUCCUAAAAGUGUAAGAAAGAUUAUUUAAACGGUUGAAGAGCCUCAGUUUGGUACUUUUGUAACCUGUGCUCAGGUUACACAACUAUGUUACAAAAUUAAACACUGUUUAACUUCCUCUUGAGUUAAACCUGCAAUUAAACUCAAAAGAAACUUUACCCGUUUCAUAUUUCAUUUCAUUUCAUUCAGUUAAUAUAGAAAACAUUCAAUACAAACAAGGAAAAGUCUCAAACAACUUUUAACUCUUAUAAGGUCUGCCCCUAUUUAUAGGAUAAAAAUCAACUAAAUACAUAAUAAAAAUAAACAAAAGCUGCGGGCCAACACGCCUUUUUACAGUUCAUUAUGUCUUAUUUUCAAAAACAACCAACUAAACAAACAGAAAAGACCACGUUAAUUCACAUUUUUUCACAAAACAAACAUACCAAGACUUAAAUUAACAUAUUUCCCUGUAUUUACCCAACAUACUAGCUUUGACGCUUUUUUUAAAGAUAAAAUUUGCUUUAGCUUCUUUAGUUUUUUUGUUCAGAUUGUUCCACAAAUUUAUUCCUCUCACUGUAACACAGCGCCCCUUCUGUUUAGUUCUGAAUCUUGGCUUUUUAAAUAUUUCAAAUCCUUUUUAAUUAUAACAACUUUCUCUUUUUUUCAAAUCAGCUCUGGAUGUUGACUGGUAAAAUUUUCCUAUGAGCUUUAUACAUGAUCUGCAACAUACUGAAAUCUACUAACUCAUCUGCAAUUUAACAAACAUAUAUUUAAUUCAAAAGACUCAUUAUUGGCUAAUAUGAUGUAUUAAUGUGCUUAAAAACACAGGUUGGAGAAUACAGAUUUGCUUAAGGAUUGAAAACAAAAGUUGGUGCAUAUUUGAUGGCAUGUCUGAUAAGUCUUUUUUUGUCAAACAAGUUUAUCAAAGUUAUGUCCUGGGUGAGUUUGUUGGUCUUGUUACACAUCAGUAACCAAUCCAUCCAUCCUCUCCUGCCCAGGGAUUUACGUCUGCUCCAAAUGCGACCAUCAGCUGUUCUCCAGCAGAUCCAAGUAUGAGCACUCGUCCCCCUGGCCAGCCUUCACAGAGACUGUCAAAGAAGACAGUGUGUCCAAACACCAAGAGAGACCUGGAGCAUUCAAGGUACAGACUUUAGAACAGGGACUGACCUCAUUUCACACUGACUUCACAUUAAAUUUAUAUGACACUGUGUUUCAAAAUAGUGUAAAAGCACAGCCGUAAUACCCAGACCUCUGAAAGAUUCAGCACCCUGCUGCCUCCAUCAGAGAAAACAGUGAUUGCACACAGUGUAGUUUCCUAAUUUACUGCAAGAAGUCACAACUUCUGCAAUUUGUAAUUGCAAAGGUAAAAUUGUGACACAUUGUGUGACCAUACCAUCAACAUACUGCACAUUAAAAAUUCUAAUCCUAGAGUUGCAUGAUGUGUUGGUACAGGUGCGGUGUGGGAAUUGCGGGAAUGGACUCGGCCAUGAGUUUGUAAAUGACGGACCAUCUAAAGGUGUGUCUCGCUUCUGAAUAUUCAGCAACUCACUGAAGUUUGUCCCUAAAGGUAAGUUCGUUACCUGUAUCUAUCGCCUCUUGUAUUACUUUAAGACAGUUUUAUUGCAUGUUAUAUGACAAAACUGCCAGAAUCAUAUCAUCUUUUUAUAGUUUAUCCACUCAUAAGGUCAUGAGGUUUUUAUUUACGGUGUUGUAUAAUAAAUUAGUCUGGAUGAAGGAUUUCAAUAUUUGGAAACACAAAUCUGUAACUUUUAGUAGACAUUUAAACUUAAUUUGAUCCAUUUUUCCUUCCUCUUUAAAGAGAAGUGUCCUGAACAGUCCUCAGAAAAAAGAACAACCAAAUAAACUCAACACUAACUUUAAAUUAAGAGAAUUUGCUUUAUAUUUGAUAAGUAGCAGAUUUUUAGUUUCAGCAUCAUCUCUGUGUCUCUUCCUUUCUCCACAGAUAAGGUUGAUGGACAGUAAAGUGAGCUGCUAGAGGAAAGCACUACUGGACUUUUAGAUGUUUCUCUGUGCAGCUGCUGAAGGUGCGAUCAGUGGAUGAAGUGUCCUGGGGAAAAGCCCGAUCAGGGAGCACCAGGACACCGAUGAAGGAUGACCUCACUGACCAGCAGCCACAGAGGGAUGGUCACAACACCUUUUAAAUAUGCAAUCAACCAGCUGUGACUACACGAUCACUUUUACCUCCACUGCUACUACUUCAUGGGAAACUUUCCUUCUUUAUUAGAAUAAUGUUAUGAUGUGUUAUUUAUCACCGUCCUGCAGUCUGAGAUUAGAUUAAGGUUUUAAAUAACUGGUACAUACCUGAUGGCCUUUACCUGCUGUGUGUUUUUAUGCUGAGUACAGAAAAAGAUGUUCUUAUAUUUUCACUCUUCAGGGGUUUUAUGAAAAUGAAUCACUUUGACUAAUAUGCAAAUACCUGGAAUAAAUAUUUUCUUAACUUCAAAUGA